AUUUGGGAGAACAAAACAAAAUAACUUUAUAUGAAAUUCAUAUCGUAAUGUGAAUAAUUAUGACAAUAUGAUACUAAUAACAUAGUUGAUAGUUAGAAGUAUAAUUUCAAUGACAGUUUAAGUAGUAAUAAGAAUGAGUUGUAAACUCAAACACCUUGAAUUUAAAUCUUGACAAUUUUUUGGAAUCAGACUAAGAAAUAUUUAUCCAUCAGUCCCGAUGUAAAUGAUUUUUCUUUGACCAGGCUUAGGAAGGAACUAGACGAGGUGCACGCAAACUCGUCCGAAUAUCUCUGACCGUAGAAUUAAAAAAAAAAAUACUUGAAGGAUAAUAUAAAUAUAACAGUUACUAAAAUAAUAUGAAAAUAGGGAAAAAAUGAGGAAACAGAAACGUAAUUCGCCUGAAAAGAGAAACUUCUGAGAAGCAUUAAAGACGACUAUCGUUUACUUUGACGUUCAAGAAAUGUAUUCCGUGGAUACCCCCAUAGCCAUAGCCAUAGCCAUAGCCAUGGCUAUUAGAACAUGAAUCUCAGAAACUCCGGUUAUACUCCACAAUGUUCAUCAAUACGGCGUCGUUUCGAGUCCUCCUUCUUUGUCUCCUGUCCGCCAUAGCUCUCUCAAAGUCCAUCAUCAAGACUCUACCGGGCUUUCCCAGAAAUCUACCCUUCAAACUUGAAACUGGUUACAUUGGUGUAGGAGAGAGAGAUGAAGUGCAGUUGUUCUACUUUUUCAUUGAAUCAGAAAGAAAUCCGAAAGAUGAUCCUUUCAUACUUUGGCUUCCCGGGGGUCCUGGUUGUUCUGCUCUUCGUGCCUUCUUCUAUGAGAACGGCCCUUUUACAUUUAACUAUGCAGAUUCCUAUUUAAACAAGCCAACAUUGGUGUUGAACCCAUACUCUUGGACAAAGGUUGCAAACAUAAUAUUCAUUGAUCAACCUGCUGGCUGUGGAUUCUCCUAUGCAAAAACUCCGGAAGCUUACAACACCAGUGAUACUAUAUCAGCAACACUGACUUAUGAUUUUCUCAGAAAGUGGCUUAUGGAUCACCCCAAGUUUCUCGACAAUCCACUAUACAUUUGUGGCGUUUCCUAUAUGGGCAUGGUUGUUCCAAUCAUUGUUCAGGAUAUAUAUGAUGGUAAUGAAGCUGGAAAUGAGCCACCAAUGAAUAUUCAAGGAUACAUGCUUGUCAACCCUCUAACAGAUAAAAAUAGUGACGUUAAUUCCAGAAUUAAAUAUGCUAAUCGUAUGGCACUUUUAUCAGAUGAACUAUAUGAGUCAACCAAAGCAAAUUGCCGUGACAAUUACAUACAAGUAGAUCCUGAUGACAGAUUAUGCACAAGUGAUCUACGAGUAGUAGACAAGUGCCUCGAGAACAUUUAUUUUCAACAAAUUUUAGAACCCUUCUGUGGUACAACAGUCGCAGAACCAAACUUGCUGAUACGGGGCAGAAGCUCUCUUGAAGAGAAUCCCAUAGACCUACCUCGAGAACCAUGGUGUCGAGAACAUAACUAUUAUUAUGCUGAUGUUUGGGCUAAUGAUAUAGCUGUUCAGAAUGCUCUUCACAUCCUCGAGGGAACAAAAACAGAGUGGGUGCGAUGCAAUAAGACUUUUGAAUACUCGUUUGGCAGAAGUGCAGCCAUAUCUUACACAUUUAAUGCCCCCAGCACUGUUGGAUACCAUCGAAGUCUAACAUACAAAAAUUGUCGAGCUUUAAUAACCAGCGGUGAUCAUGACAUGGUGGUUCCACAUCUGGGAACAGAGAAAUGGAUAAAUUCUUUGAACUUAACAGUUGAAAGUGGUUGGAAACCAUGGUUUGUUGAAGGUCAAGUAGCAGGAUAUACAGUGUCUUAUACACACAAUAACUACUCAUUGACAUAUACUACAGUCAAGGGAGCGGGUCACACAGGUCCAGAGUACAAACCGAAAGAAUAUUUAGCUAUGAUUGAUCGGUGGUUUGCUUAUUCCCCUCUUUAAUCCACAGUUACAGCUCUAAAUUAAUUCAAUCGUCCUGCCUCGUUCAUUAUUUCAAAUUAGAUAUAGGUGACCUACUCAUAUAUAUCUGAUUUUUUUCAAUUUGACGGUCAAAGUCUCGGACAAUUGAUUACCUUUUAAUUAUUUUGUUACGAGGCUUUUGGGAGUUUCCUAAACUUUAUGUCUUCCGUGGCUUUCGAGAAAUAAUGUCACCUUCUCAUUUUUUCAAGUCUAU